CCGCUCUCUAUGCCGCGGCUGCGGCGCUGCCCCCUCCCCGCGCCGGGCCAUGGAGCACACGUACGGCGAGGUGAACCAGCUGGGCGGCGUGUUCGUGAACGGGCGCCCGCUGCCCAACGCCAUCCGCCUGCGCAUCGUGGAGCUGGCGCAGCUCGGCAUCCGGCCCUGCGACAUCAGCCGCCAGCUCCGCGUGUCGCACGGCUGCGUCAGCAAGAUCCUGGCCCGCUACCACGAGACCGGCUCCAUCCUGCCGGGGGCUAUCGGCGGCAGCAAGCCGCGGGUCACCACGCCGGCCGUGGUCAAGCACAUCCGCGACUACAAGCAGGGCGACCCCGGCAUCUUCGCCUGGGAGAUCCGCGACCGCCUGCUGGCCGACGGCGUGUGCGACAAGUACAACGUGCCCUCGGUCAGCUCCAUCAGCCGCAUCCUGCGCAACAAGAUCGGCCCGCUGGCCCCCGCGGGGCCGCCGCCGGCCGCGCUGCCCUGCGCGCACCUUUACCAGUACCCGUACCCAGGGCCGGCCGCGCCGCCGCCCGCCAAGGCCGCCCCGCACCCCGCGGGACCCCUCGGGCCGCCCCCGGUGCCGCUGCCCCGCUCCUGGCCCUCGGCGCACUCGGUCACCAACAUCCUGGGCAUCCGCACCUUCGUGGAGCAGGCGGGGGCUCUGGCCGGCACCGAGGGGGCCGCGUACCCCCCGAAAAUGGAGGAGUGGCCCAGCGUGAACAGGAGCGGCUUUGCCGGCCCGGGCCAGGCGGUCAACGGGCUGGACAAGGCGGGCAUGGACGGCGACAUCAAAUACCCGCAGCCCGGCGCGGGGCUCUCCUCCAUGGGCACCUUCCUGCCGGCCUGCGCUUACCCCCCCUCGGGCCAGCCCGGCGUCUACGGCGGCUCCCCCGGCGCCUACAUCGCCCCGGGCCCCCCCUGGCAGCCCCCGGCCGCCCCCCUGGGCCACCACGGCCACGGCGAGCUGGCCAUGGCCUUCAAGCAGCCCGCCAGGGAAGGAGCGGACAGAAAACCCCCCAGCCCCGCGGGGAAGGCUCCGGAGCCCCUGAGCGCCCUCCACGGCAUCUCCAUCCCCAGCUCCUCGCCCUAGAGCCGCCGGGACGCCGCCCAGGGACCUCGGGGAGCCCGGGACCAGCUCCUGCAGCCCGCAGCGGGGACAGGGGCCAGCCCGGGCGGUGACAGCCCCUCCAACCCACGCAGGACAUUCCCGGAGGGACACUUCGCCUCCCCUGCAUCGGAGAGGGGUGACGGAAGAGACUCAGCCUUCCUUCUUUAUUUUUAUUCUAUUUUAUUUUAUUUUCUGUCCCUCCCUCGUUGCUUUCAGUUUUUCCUUCUCCUUCCCCCGUAUUCCCGAGGACUUUCGGGUGCCGUGAUUCCCUCCCAGCCCAGGGAAAGAAUCAAUCCCCGGCUUUCCCAGGAGCAUCCGUGCUGGAGCUUUCUCCAGCCCCUUUCCAGCGCCUCUGCCCCGCCAUGGAAGCGGACCAGGACGUUUUAGGGCGUAUUUUUAUAAUAAGGAACCUUA